GGACGGGAUUUAUCAAAUUGUCUGGCUUUGGAUUUAGGACCUUAUCUCCGGGUCGGCAUUAUCGGCAGCGCGAGCUUGAUGCGCCCCGAUUUCCCAUCUGAUGUCAGCAGCGACCCGGGCGAUGUAACUCUUAGGCGAGUUGCAUUUUGGAUCUUUUCAUCCCAUUUCCGACAUCCUGAAAAUUUCUAGACCGAUUCUCUUUUCUUGGUUUUGCUUGGCUUCAACAACCGACUUGACAGCGGGUUUCCGAGAGUUGUUUCAACAAACAUAUUCUCCAGCCAAGUACGAGCCGCAGCUGAUCGCAAUCGAGCCAAGAAAGAGAGGAACCAAUCGACGGAAUCAACAACAUGGGGGGCGAAACGGAGAAGCAGAAACAAACACUAUCGGAUUCGAGCUCCGUGGUGGACUCGGUCGAAGUAGUGCGGGAAGAAAAGCAGAGCGUACAGGAAACACAGGGCCAGUCCAGAUCGGAUCAUCGCGAUGGCGGCUACGGCGCCCCGGAUGUCGACCACGAAGAGGCCGAGGCGUCGGCACCGGGCCACGACCUCGAUGUCGAACUGGCGCAGGGCAAUGAAAACCCAGAAAUCAAGCGGACCAGCACCCGCGGCAGCGUCAAGUCAAAGUUAUCCCGCGUCUUGUCGACCGUCUCGCGCAAGAAAACCCGUGAGCGCAUUCCUUAUGCACCCAUCCCGACCUCCAACCUCGACGAGGGGAUUGUCGGGUGGGAGUCCCAAGAUGAUCCCGACAUGCCGCUCAACUUUGCCAAGCGGAAGAAGUGGCUGAUCGUCGGCCUGCUGUCGGUCAUCACACUCCUCACGCCGUUUGCCUCGUCCAUCCUGGCCCCCGGAAUAGGCACGGUGAACAACGAGUUCCACAACACCAACUCCAUCGUCGGCACCAUGACCGUUAGCAUCUACCUGCUGGGCUAUGUCGUGGGACCGCUAUUUCUGGCGCCGCUGAGCGAGCUGUACGGGCGCCGGCCCGUGCUGAGCAUUGCCAACUGGUUCUUCUGCCUGUGGCAGAUCGGCUGCGCGUUGGCGCCCAACAUUAGCGCGCUGAUUGUGUUCAGGUUCUUCGCUGGCGUUGGAGGCUCGGGGGUCUUGACUCUUGGAGCUGGUGUCAUCGCGGACGUCUUCAGGGCGGAUGAGCGAGGGUUCGCCUUUGGCAUUUACACGCUUGGACCGCUCCUUGGCCCCACGGCCGGCCCCAUCAUCGGCAGCUUCGUCUCCCAGUCGAUUGGCUGGCGCUGGGACUUCUGGAUCGUCUUCAUCGUCGCCGUCGUGAUCGUCGGCCUCACGGAAAUCUUCAACUCCGAGACGAACCCCCGAAUCCUGAUGCAGCGUAAGGUCAAGCGUUUGCAGAAGGAGCUCAAUCGCACCGACCUGCGCAGCUGCUACGAGACUCCGGAGGCGGGACAAAAGAGCGCGCGCCGCAUGCUCGUCGACGGCCUGUUGCGGCCUACCAAGAUGCUGUUCCUGUCACCGAUCGUCUUCUUCGUGUCUCUGUACAUCGCAUUCACUUACGGCACGCUGUACCUCCUGUUCACCACCAUCCCCGUCGUCUUCCAGCAGACCUACGGGUGGAGCCUGGGCAUCACGGGGUUGGUCUACAUCUGCCUGGGGCUGGGCAACCUGGCUGGGUGGGCCGUCAUCACGUACACGUCGGACCGCGGCGUCGUCAAGCGCACCAAGGCCAACAAUGGCGUCUUCGAGCCCGAGUUCCGCCUGCCGCUCAGCACUUACUUCAGCCUCUUCCUUCCGCCCACCUUCUUCUGGUACGGGUGGUCGGCAUUCCACAAGACGCACUGGAUCGUGCCCAUUCUCGGGCUGUUCCCCUUCUCGUUCGGCAUCAUCGGCCUGUUCCUCCCGCUCACGACCUAUCUCGUGGAUUGCUACCCGAUGUAUGCCGCCUCGGCUAUCGCGGCCAACACGGUGCUCAGGAGCCUGGCGGGCAUGCUGCUGCCGCUGGCCGGGCCGGCCAUGUACGAGAACCUGGGGCUCGGCUGGGGCAACUCGCUGCUGGGCUUCUUGUGUGUUGUCAUGAUCCCCGUGCCGCUGUUGCUGCAGCGGUAUGGGAAGAGGCUGAGGAAGAUGGGGCUACAGUUGUGAGUUAUGAAAGGGAGGGAGGAAUAUUAUACGAAGACGGAUGGCGUAAUCAUCAUACUAUCAUGUAUUCUUGUUGUAAUGAAGAUGGGACUGCAGUUGUACAGUAACAAAAGGGGGAUAGCUUAUGAGCAGCAAUGGGACAUGGAGAAUUGUUUAGUGUAUUAAGAUACCACGUGCUUUCUUUCUUUUUGGGGAUGGGAUACGGCAUUGCAGAUGCAAGGUAACAAACGGGCGCAUGAGUCAAUGGGACCAGAGGCGAAACUUCUUGCUUUGUUUUCAGUGACUACUAGUUAAUUAGUAUCCAGGUACAUUUGGUAUACUGCUCAACCUCCCCUUCCUGCC